GCCCCAUAAUAAAAUACCCGACCUGCCGCAGGGCGGGUAAGGGUAUCAAGAUACCCACCCCAGACCUGCCGCAUUACUAUUCCUAGGAAGAAGGCGAAGAAAAUGAAGGUCGGCGAAGCGGCGGAGAAAAUUGGCAUAUGUUGAUUUCUUUGUUCGAGAAUUGCACAAUGUCUCUACCAAAAAAAAAAAAAAGAAUUGCACAGGGGCAUGGAAUAGGUUAGGGUGAUUACUUGUUUUUUAGUUAUCACGGUGGCAACCUCUUUAUAUACCAUUUGAUUAACUAUUUUUUCUUCUUUUUUAAUCUUACGGUCAAAAUUCUUUUAGGGUAAUUUUGGAAAUGAAAAUAUAACCACACCUGAUUAUUAUAUAUAAUCUACCCAAACCAUAGUUCUACCCUCCCUCUAGCCAAAACAGCCGUAGCCGCCUCCACCACUCCCGUCGCACAAAUCCCGCCAGCCACCCUCGGCCACCGCAGCGGCCUCCCACCCCUCCGAUCAGGUACCCGGCCUCCCGCUGCUCUCUCUCUCUCUCUCUCUUUGAUCUCUCUCUCUCUCUUAUUUCUCCCGCUACUCUCUCUCUCUCAUCUCUCCCGCUGCUCUUUCUCUCUCCUGCUGCUCUCUCCUUCCCUCCCUAUCUCUCUAUCCAUUUGUCUACGAAUAGAUGUGAAAUUACCAUCUGGUAAUUUAGUAAUGGUAUUAAUUUAUGAAAUGGUAUACUUUAUUUUGGUAUUAGUUCAUUGUUUUGUUGUAUGAAAUGGUACAGUGUGUUUGUCAUAAUGGUAUUGAUUUAUUUCUACAAUGGUAUUGUUUUGAUUCACAAUAGUAGUUGUAUUGAUUGUAUUGGUAGUUUUAGUUUAAUGGUAUUAAUUUAUUUGUGCAAUGGUAUUGAUUUGAUUUCACAGUUAUAGUGGUAUUGGUUGUUUUGGUAUUUAUUUGACUUUUGUAAUGGUAUAGAUUCUUUAUAUUGGUAGUUUUCGUGUAAUGGUAUAGAUUUAUCUCUGCAAUGGUAUUGAUGUUUUUCAAAGUGGUAGUGGUUGUCUAAUGGAUUGGUAGUGAUCUCGUGUUUUUUCCUUUGCAGAAAGAUUGAGAAAAAAAUAUGGAAAUGAGAUCUGGCUGGAGAUUACGGAAGUGAGAGAAAGAGAGAUAAUUGUAAUUAAUUAAUUUUUGUAACUACCUAAAAUGUAAUUUAUUAAAAAAUUAAUUAAUAUAAUUUAUUUUUUCAUACCCAAUUUACCCUUAGUAACCACUAACCUCGGUGAUUACAACAAAAGUAGUAAUCACCAUAACCGCUCCCACAGGGACAUGGAAGGUGGCAGCGAAGCGGCGGAGGAAAUUGGCAGAUGUUGAUUUUUUUUUUGGAAUUCUUUUUUAUUUGUAUAAUUUUUUAAUGGUUACAUUUGGUGUAGUUGUAACUUGUAAUUCAUUAAUUUUUUUAUAUUUUAUUUUGUUAUUGAGGGAUGUAAUGAUGUAUAGUUGUGUGUGUUGGGAGCAAACGUCGCAGCACUAAUCUAUGGACAGUUGUCAGUUGUUCAUUCAAAUUGACUAAAAUUAAACUAAGGAUAUUUAAGUAAUUUUAAUAAAAUUUAGAGCAACGAAGAAGAUAACUUAAGGCGAUAAAUAGCAAUGUCAUUAAUAUAUUAUUUGUGAAUUUCAAAUAUGAUGCAGUGGUUUGAAAUUUCCCAUGAUAUCAAAUAAGACUUGUUUGUAAGCUUUCGAAAGUGAAUAUACUAUUAUGCAAGGCAACCUAAUUGAUCAUAUAUGCAGUUAGUCAACUAGAGCUACUAACGUGGUCGGGCGUUUACUGAAUGUCUAAGAAAGACAAAUAAGUGUGAUAACGAAAUAAUCCCAUAGAAGACAUUCAAAGUUCAAACCACUACUUAAAUCGAUUUCAUAGUCACUGUCUAGAUAAUUGCUACUAUGGCGCUGUCUAGCUAGAUAAUUGAUAUGCUUCUUAAUUUCCAUCUGCUACGUAAUCUGAUCAUAAAUAAGGCUAACCAGACGGAGUGAUCUGCUAACUGUUGAGUUGUAAUGGCGAGGUAAGCAUUUGCCAUUUGAAGUCGUACGUGGAAUGCAAGUAGCAUAUGUAAACAAAGUGUCGUUUGGAUGGAUCAAUCUAGAAAUAAGUCAAUUGUCUCGUUUUAUAAACGAGGCAAUUAAAACGAGUCAAUUCGAAUUAUCUGCCUCCACCCCACGUAAUUGAAAUUGACUCAAAACAUAUCAAUUCAAAAUACCUCAGGCAGAUUGAUCCAUCAAAUUUUUUUGCUGACAAACGAGGCAAUUUGGUACAAUUGUCUCAAAACGAGACAAUUAUGUUGAAUUGAACCAUUACAAUUCCUCAUCCAUACGACCCUUUGAUUUCUCAACAAAUAAAACCAAUGCAAUAUUCAUAUAUGUUAUUAUUAUUUCAAAGCUGUUUGACUUGUUUGCCCUAAUAAUUGAUAAAAGGGAACAGUAACUGUUUCAAUUAUGUGACAGAUCAGGAUUCAUUAAAGAGGAAGGAGAUAGGCUUAGAGAUAAUAUAGAGACAUGUAAACACCAUAUAUAGGUCCAGCCAAGGCUUUUGAGGAUGCCAUAAGACACCCUUUAAGUUUUGUACAAUAAUUUUUUUUAUGCCUAGAUACAAUUAUUUGGAAUUAGUCUUGUCCACUCCCAUAAUUUCGUUUCUUUGUUUUUUUUUCCUUUUAUUAUAUUUGAUUUUUCUUCAUAAUGUCGGGCUUCUAUUUAUUUUUAUGUUUCUUUUUUCUAUUUAUUUAUUUAUUAUUCGAGUCUCUUUUGUUAAUAGGGUGACUACAUAUAAGUGUGGGUUAGAUAAGGAUGAACGAUAAUAUCUAACUAACCACAAGAGUCGAGACUUCAUCACUAGUUAAAAUAUCAUAUUUUUGCAUUGGAAAGAGUGAAGGUGUACAUGGACUUACCUCCACGAAUGAAAGACUUAAAUCACUUGCAGGUAUUGAAUAUUUAUUUAUAUAGUUGGUUAUAUUUUUGUACAACCAAAAUUAAAAGCAUAAAUGGUAUGCUUAUAUAUAGUGACUUGAAAGGUCAAUUGGAUUGCACAGUUCCUUCAACUUACACGAUCAACUUAUUGGAAGAAGAACUCACAAAAGUAAGAUGAUAGGAGAUUUAUGGAUGUUGAAGAUGAUACAAUUGUAUAACAACUAUACUUACUUUUUAAGUUUCUUCAAAAUAACAAUAAUAUAGCAACAAAGUUGCUACAUCAGAAGACAACUACCUGAUAAAAAAACAAGCAAACUAAUUAGAAUGUGAAAGAAAGAUGAAAGUCUUUAUAGAGUAGGGUUAUAGGUAUAAUAUGCCCCUUUACUAUGUCCUUUUACUAUGUCGUUUUAUUAAACAUGCCCCUCUACUAUUUUUUAUAUCAAACAUGCCCUUGUACUUUAGAAAAAUGAUCAAACAUGCCCUUCAGUUAAUAUUUUCAUCCAAAAACAGUCAAUCAUGGUCGUACCUUGGUUUGGGCGACACAAAUGUCUAAAAUAUCCUUGGUAAUUUCACUUUAAAAUUUUUUGGGUUCUUUUAUAGAGCCAAAUACCUCUAAUAAUUUCAUUUUAACGAGACCUAGAAAAAUAAAAUGGGGAACAAAACUGACAUUUUCGCUCUCAUUUGCCGAUGUCGGGUCAUCUACAUCUUGGUUCAACCAUGGUUGACGAUUUUUUUAAUGGAAAUUUUAACAGAAGGGCAUGUUUGAUCAUUUUUCCAAAAUACAAGGGCAUGUUUGAUAUAAAAAAUAGCCUAGAGCCAUGUUUGAUAAACCUACAUAGUAGAGGGACAUAUUAUACCUAUAACCCUAUAGAGUAAGUCAACUUAAGAAAUAAAUAUUCCUAGCAUUUACCAAAUCCACGAAAGAACAAUGACCCGAGAAACGUCUCAUUUAUGCUACAACCUUUGUACAAACUUCAACUCUCUUACCAACAAUCAUAUCUAUUAAUAUUUGAUGUCUCUAAUAAAAUAUGUUGAUUUCUCUUGCAUUGGUUCAUCCGAUCGACCAGUUGAUAAAAGAGGCCAACCGAUUGGUGAAAGCGGUAAACUAUUUACAACAAGUCAAAGUAACUUGUUAGUCACCGUAACAAAUUCAUUAAAAGUUUGUGAUAGAUAUGUCUGCAUAAAUAUUGCCACAAAGCACAUAUCUAAACAAUAUAACAAUGGGGCAGGCCGGUCGAUCCAGCCGAUAACCAUUUCUUAACCCGAUCAGGAUCAAGCUUCUAGCCACAAUAUACAUGUUUGGAAGGCCGAUCAGUAAACGAUUCAAACAGUUAAUCACUCCAACCGAACAAAUCGGAUUGUCGGCCCAAUUCUAAAACCGGCUAGAUUGAAAAAUAGACCAAAGAAUAAGGGUCGUUUGCUUCAUGGAUUUAUAAACGAGGGUUUUGUAAUUUAAAAACCCAAGGAUUUGAGGCAUCAUGGAUUUGUAACAAUUCUUCAGUUAAUUACUACUUGAAGUCAAAAAUUACAUUACUGCCCUUUUCUAUAUGUUUGACAUGUUUAUGAUAUGUACACAAAACAAGGACAAAACUUCAAAAUUACCUUACUAUCAUUUUCUAUAUGUUUGACAUGUUUAUGAUAUGUACACAAAACAUGGACAAUACAUACUAAUAAGCAUAAUGUUGCCACAUGGACAAUAAUAAUAAACGAGAAAAUUCCGUUUUAACUUUUAACGUAACAUAAUCAAUUACCAAUUCUUUGUCCUCCUUUUCAAAAGUAACAUAUAACAACAUAUAUUAGAAUCGGGAGAACAAAGAAUUACACGUUCCAUGAAAAGGUCAAAGAAAACUAGAACACAAGAAAUGAUAUAAAAAAUCUAACUCAUGUUUGCACAUUAAUUGAACGUUUAUAUUAUUCAUUUAUUGUUAAUUAUAAUAUAUAAUAGUUAAAUUUGAGGGCAACCUUGGAAUAUUAAAAGUGCAUGAGGGUAUAUGGGUAAAAUGUCAUCAAUGAUUUAUGUCAUAUUCCAAAUCCCACAUAAACAUGUGGGAUUUAUAAGUCCGUGGGGUCCACGGGUUUGGACCCUUAAAAUCCGUGGGCCCCACGGAUUUGGUCUCCAAAAAAGGUUCAAGCACACAACGGAUUGUACCUAAAUCCUUGAUAAUUGGUUUUUUGAUAUCAAAUCCAUGUACCAAAUCCUUGAAGUAAACGACCCCUAAAUGUCACGCCAAUGGUUUUUGAAGCCCUAGACUCUUGAACACAAUGUUGACAAUUCUCCGACGGUGCUAAUUUUCAUCCAUGCAAUAAAAUGCAACUCAACAUGCUAUUUAUCUAUAUUAUAACAAAGUUGGCAACCCUCAAAUUUAGUUUUGCCAUUAAUAGUUUAUAUUUCCGAAAAUUAAUUAAAAAAUUUUACUGUCGUAUAAUUAUAUAGUUACUUUAUAUGCAUAUGUUAGAAUUAAUGUUAAUGACUUGCGUACUUCUAGAGUAUAUAGUAUUGUUAUAAGAAUCGAACUGGAUUAAUGGUUGAGCUUGUGGAACCGUCAAAUCAAUUAUGAUAACGGUCUUAUUUAUUUCUUGGACGGUUAUUGAUGGACCAGGCAGUUUUUCACGGUUCAACGUAAAAUCAGAUGAACUACCACUGUUUAGCUGGUUCACUAGUUCACUAUUUUAACCAUAAUUUUUUAAAAAAAAUACUUUAAUGUAAACUAAGUCCAUCAAAUUAUAAUUAUUAUUUUAUAUCUGCUUCCUCUCUCAUUUUUCAACCUUGUUGUCGACUUUACAUGGUCCACUAUUGAUUGGCACCGUAGUUUAUAACUUGAUUAAUUAAAAAAAUUAUGAUUUAUUUUGUGAGACGAUUUCAAUAUUUAUUAGAUAUUUUGGUGAUGAUAUGUGCUAUGGGACAAUCCAAGUACCACAUCGGAAAUACAAGGGUAGACAUCUUUGUAUGUUAGUGUCCACCUAGCCCAAUUAGUACGAGGCCUUUUGAGGAGGACACCCAAGAGUAAAACCAUGCGGGCUUGGACCAAAGCGGACAAUAUCGUACUAAUGACCGACCCGAUUUCGUGUAUGAAUUUGAAAUUGUUUAUGAUCAAUGAUAACUUCAUUCUUAAAUUAGUGUAAGAUAGAAGUCUUGUAUGUUAUAUACCACUGAACCCUAAACCACUAACUUUUUCGCUUCAUUCUUCGAUCCCGUCCUGAAAACAUAAGUAUACCAUACUCCAAAUGAUCUGACUAUUUGAGGUACUUCGGCGAAUCAUAGUCAUCGAAUUUUAUUUUUCUUAAAUGGAUCUACGGGUUUGAAUUUAUAGAAUUGACACACAAACUUUAUCCAUUAAAGAUUAGAAUACCAUAUCAUAUCUCAAACUCAAUUUAACUCAUGACUAGAUAAAAAUAUUUCACUCUAAAUGUUUAGAGUAUUGAAUACUCCAGUAAUUAAUAGAUAUUAUUACUCUACAAAAAGUUGCAUAAAUAUUGCCGAAAACACAUUCAAGCCACAUGCUCUGCUGCUUAGAUAAUUAUUGUGUAUAUAUAAACUAUAUUAGACCAUAUAGAAUUAGAGACACAUUGAGGAGGAUAGCCUACCUUCCGUCCCCCUUCCCAUCUGCUACCUACUUAUAGUUAUUAUAGUAUAAUAAUUAAUUAGUCCUUUCAUUAAUGAGGCUAACCAUAUCCAUAUGGAGAGUAACCCACUAACCGUUCCGCCGUAAUGCCCAGCUAAGCAUGCUGUGCUGUCUCCUACGUGUAAUAAUGCAAGUUGUUAACUACAAAACGGCUUUGUCUUUAUUCAAGUAGUUUUGUGUUUAUUCUCAUCAUAUCAGUGUUUAUCCAGACAACAGUGGUGAUUAUUAGUUACCCAGACGGUAAUAGUCAGUGACGGACCCAGAAAUUUUACAUAGGGGUGUCCUCUUUUAAAAAAUAAAUUAAAUACAAAUAAUUCUAAAAUAAUUAAUAAAAAAUAAAUAAUAUUUAAAUAAGAAAUACUUUACUCAUACAGUUUGAAAAGAUUCACAAUGUGUUUUCAUAUUAAAAAAUGAUUGUAGAACACACUUGGGGUCUACACUAUUCAAAAAAAAUUGUCUUUGUAUAUCAUAUUAGACAAUCAUUCACGAAAUGAUCACAUAUUCAAUUUCUAAACUUGUUCUUGAUGUAAUCCAAAGCUGAAAAGACUCUUUCAAUACUUGUUGUACAACCAUAAAUUAAUACAAAUUAAGGGUAGUUUGAAAUUUGUUUAAUUGUUAGAUUUUGAAAAUAAUUAGAGAUAGAGAAUGCCAUUAUAUUAUUACACAGUGUUUAAAUCGAAUAACAUAUGAGUUGUAGCCUAAUGAAAAUUAUGUCUAUUAAUAAUAAAAGUGUCAUAGGUUUGAAUUACCCAAACUACGACUUAUAUUCUCAUACUCAAACUAAAAGAUGAGAGUAGGAUAAUCACUCUUUUAGGGUGUCCCCGACUAUCAAUUAUAAUUUUUUUGUCAAUACGUAAAUUACUACCGGGGGUUGGAUAAUCGUUUUCCCAAAAUCGGACACCCCUAAACACUCGUGGGUCCGCCCCUGGUAAUGGUCAUUCACGAAACUGGAUAUUUGUUAUUUAUUUACAUUAUUGUAAAAUUAAUUUUUAACUUAUGUAAUAUAUCAAAAUGAAUGCCAUCAUGUAAAUUAUGAUGAAUGCAACUCUCUUUUUUUUUUUUUUGAAAAAUUUAAAAUUUGACUUCAUCAAAUAUGGCAAAUACAAAUCAUUAGUGGAAAAAAAUGAACACUUCAAUGGUGAAUAAUCACCAAAAAUAUGAAUAAACUCCACAAUGCAUGAAUUAGGUGGUGUAACUCCUCUCACGACAGAACAAACUUUUCAUGUUGACAGAUAAUAAUAGAGAGAAAGCAAAAAAAAUGAAAGGGUGAUGGUAGCUCGCUAUGCUACAGCUUGCUUGGACAGAGAAUUCUGUGGCGCUUUCAUUCAUCUAAGUUCACCAGUACCAUAUUAUCUGUAUCGUGUUGGAGCAUGCCGAUGGUGUGAAACGCAGUUGAAUUUGUAAUAAAGACUUGUUACGAACAAAGCAAGAAAGUUGCAUCAAGAUCCCUCGUUUGCUGGGAGUUGACACUUGAAAGAGAGAGAUUACGAUCGUAUGUCAAAACUUAUACAAUGUAACGAAUAUGAUUAUCAUAUUCCGUAUAUCAUGAAAUCGUAUUUGAAAACUAUAUAGUAUAUAUAAGUUAGUGAAAGGAUAUUUUUUAUUAUAAUUUAAUUUAAUUGAUGGGAUAUGUAAUCCGAAUGAAUCUAAAAUAAUCUAUUGAAUCUAUACCAUACUAGUUUACAGACCGAAUAGAACAGAUGGAUAUUGUCAUAAAUUAGGAAUUCGAUCAGAUUGUACAGUGGGAUAUAGGACCAUACUUUUCUUCUACAUAUGUGUGUCAAUUGUAGCGAUAAUUUUUUUAGAUUCUUCAAAAUUCAAAGAGAGAAGAAACGUCAAUAAUUUAUAGAGAAACAAAAAGAAUUCGUUACAUACUACGAAAACCAUGACACGAAGUUGAACCUCUUUAACACAUUGACACAAAGCCAGUACACGGGAAAAGUUAAUAAGGUGAACCCUUAGUUUUGUCAUAAUCGUUCUCACAUGUGUCCAACUCAUACCUCUCUGGAGGCCAAGAAUUGACCCUGACCUGACCCAGAAAAUUUCUAUUGGUCGGAAUUUGGACCAGUAGGUUGGCCCAAAUCUGUCUGCCAUGAUCUUUAUUUCCUUACACUUUAAUGGUCCAACCCAGACCCAACAAAAGAAAUAAAAACAGAGAAACCACUUCCUUCUAAUGUCUGGAUUCUCUCUAGUAUGAGUAUGAGACUAUUUUAUGUCGUUAUGUUUAGCGAGGAAACUAUCUUAUGUUAUUAGCUAUAAUAUAGCAAAUUCUCAGGGAAAAAACUAUACCUGAGUAAGAAGACCUAAAUGAGUGUGGUGUAAUGGUUAAUCGUUUCAUUCUUUUAUUUUAUUUUAUUUUAUUUCAUUCUUUAACUACAAGGCGAUACUAAAAAUAUGACAUAUGUAUAUUACGGAAUUAAUACGUACAAAAAAUUGAUUCAUCAUUAUAACAUGGCAGCACGUCUAAAAGUAUAGCACAAGUUACAAUAAAUGCUAAAUUUAUAGAUUUAAAAAUAAAUAUAAAUAUUAAAAUUAUUAAAUAAUCAAUUCAAUUUCUUAAAAUUCGUGAAUUGGAUGUGUUACUACGAUGUUACUAAGCAUAAAAGAGGAACAAGGAGACGACUCUACAAUAAUAUGUAACAAGAUUUUUAACGCAUUUAGUACGUAUACAAGUAUUAUACGAGUAAUUUUUUUUUUGCUUAAUAUAGGUCUGCUACCAUCGAUGGGCACUUUGGUAAUACACGAAAAAAAAAAUCAAUAGCUAAAUAAGGAAAAAAGACUGGACUAAUAUAGUAGUCUGGUGUCUAAGAUCAUGCCAACUAGGAUUAAAUCGUUUAUGCCCACCUUGGUGUCAGAGAUGCAAGCGGCUUUCACGAGAAGUAGAUUGAUACAGGAAAACAUUGUUAUUGUGCAUCAAGUUCUUCACCACUUCAAGAAACGUCGACUUGGCAGUAGGUUCGAUAUGAUGUUAAAAAUGGAUAUGUCGAAGGCCUACGACUUGGUCGAUUAAAACUGUCUCGAGGAACUUCUCAAAGCAUAUGGAUUCAACGAGGCAUGUUGCGGAUGGGUGAGAGAGUGUAUCCGAACAGUUCGCUUCUCGAUUCUUCUCAACGGCGGGCCAACAUAGUUCUUCUCGCCUCACGCGUCAUUCGUCACAGAGAUCCUCUCUCUCUGUUCCUCUUUAUUCUUAUGUCUAAUGCAUUGUCCAUCUUGAUUGAAAAGGGCUUAUCUCGUAACUCUAUUCAUGAUCUUAAAAUGAAGCCUAAUUGUCCUCGCCUCUUCCAUUGUUUGUUUGUAGAUGAUACCGUGAUUUUUGGCAAAGCAUCAAGAGAGGAGCCUGAAGCAAUUAUGCGCAUCAUUAAUGAGUACAAAUCGUUAACAGGACAAGAGGUCAACUUGGAAAAAUUCCCAGUGUUCUUCACUAAGAACACCUCGGCUGACUUGAGACAAAUAAUCACCUCCCAUCUGAAUUUCCCAUCGGCUAUUUCAUACGAUAGUUAUCUGGGUGUUCCAACAGAUUGAGGAAGGUCGAGGAAGGAAACUUUCUCCUUCCUCAUUGAGAGAAUGGAGAAUAGGGUUAGCUCAUGGAAGAGUCUCACGCUAUCUCAUGGAGGAAAUGAGACUCCUUUCAAAGUUGUCAUCCAAGCCAUCCCAACCUUCAUUAUGAGUGUCUUUCUUUUGCCUGUCUUCCUCACGAAGAAGAUGGAUUCUCUUUUGCAUAGAUUUUUUUGGUCAGGAUCUAUGAAAAAGAAAUCCAUUCCAUGGAGGAAAGGAGAAGUGCUCACGGAUCCUAAAGCAAAAGGAGGUCUUGGGUUUUAGAACUUUCACAUGUCCAAUUCGGAACUUUCAUUAUGGGCAAGGGUGCUCAAAGGUCUUUAUUUUCAUAAUGGGACAUUCUCAUCUGUACGCAAAGGUUGCUCUCCUUCCUGGAUUUGGGCGAGUUUGUGUGACGCCAAGUCUGCAUUGGAGAUUGGCACAAUUAGGAUCAUUGGAUCGGGAAAAGAGACAUGGUUUCAUGGAGACCCUUGGGUCCACUCUCUUUAUCAUCAUCGUAUCUCUUCCUUUGUUGACGCGCCAUCAAGAGUUCGAGAGUGGAUGAACGAAGAUUGAACAAGUUGAAACCUAAACCUUUGACAUCAUCACUGUACGGUUGAAGAGGCAUCCGCUGUUUCAAGGAUUCAUAUCGGUCACGAAGGAAGUCCCGACAAAUGGGCAUGGGAAUUUUAUAUCUGAUGGCACCUUCUCUGUUCAUACUGCGUACCACGGGAUACGACUGAAAGCUAAGAACUGAAUCGAUCAAGCCUGGAUUCACUAGACCUCAAUGUUCCUUCCUCAGAUGAUUGUUGGAAAUGGCUUUGGUUGCUCGACCUCCCACCUAAGAUUCGUUUCUUCAUGUGGCGGUGUGUUAGGAAUGCUUUGGCAACAAAGCUCAACUUGCAUCGACGUCGCUGCUCGCCUAACACAAAAUGCCAAUUGUGUGAUGCUGAAGUGGAAUCAUCUAUUCACUGCUUGUUUAAGUGUCCUCACACACGCAGCUGCUACUUGGGAAAAGGUGGUUCCCAAUUUUAUCCCCCACAAACUCUCUAUCAGUGGAUCUUUGCUUUAAGAGAGAAUGACUCUCCUGAGUCAAUCCGGAAAAAGAUCUUCUACCUGUGGAAUGUCUGGAAUGCUCGUAAUGAAUUCAUUUUUCAGAGGUGUUGUCUUGUCCUCGACGAUGACCUCCACAUGUGCAUUUACAUAUGCGACAGAGCCUCACUAUGUAACUAGUCCUUCAACCUCUUCUCUUCCCCGGAUAAUCCCAUCUCAAUCAUGUCUACCGCCGAAUCUGCAUCACAGGAGAAUUCCCUGUGAUGGUUCGUUUGAUUACGAAUCUCAACAGGCGGCCAUCAGAGUUGUUAUUACGACUCUAUUGGACAGAUUUGUGACAGGAGGGCGAGGAAGGUUAUUUGUUCUUCCCCGAUUUAUGAGGCGUGUUUGAUUUAUGAAGUGUGUCGUUUGGUAGUGGAUGAUACUAUCCCUACUACGGUCCUCUCUGACAGCAAGAUACUGGUGGAUGUGCCCAAUGAAGAUCCUGCAAAAUGGCCUUGGCGUUGCUAUGCUUUACUCUCUUCUAUCAAAGUCGUUCUGCAUCGUUCAUGAUGGAUUAAUGUUCUUUUCACUAGUCAUCGCAACAAAAAUAACGUUGAUUGGGUCACUUGGAAUUGCAGAUUGAAUAACCUUCACCCUGAUUGGCUUUCGAUACUCAAUGUGAUCUCUGAUAUGAUGUAAUUGUAUGAAUGUUGUAAGAUCUGCCUGUUCACAGGCUGGAAAUGAAUGAAUAUAUCACUU